UUCCAUUGCCAGGUUAGUGAUAAGCACGCCUGUCAUUCAUCAUUCUCCCCAUCUCAUCUUCCUCCUUUUUCUUCUCUCUCUUUCUGCCAUAACUUUCUCUUCAUUUUCCUAUACACUUUUGCAUAUACAGAUUGAUUGGAUCUGAACCUGCUUUUCUUCGCCGAUCGAUUCUGCUUCCGCCAAGGGGAUAGUUGAACUCCAUUUCAGUAUUCAGGUUGUGGCUUUUUAAAACCACAUACUGAAGUAAAAACACAGUAUGUCUGUUUCUAUGAGAGAUUUGGAUCCAGCUUUUCAAGGAGCUGGACAGAAAGCAGGAAUUGAAGUGUGGCGCAUUGAGAAUUUUAAGCCGGUGCCUGUUCCACAGUCUUCUUAUGGCAAAUUUUUUACAGGGGACUCUUAUGUCAUUUUAAAGACUGUUGCUUUGAAAAGCGGUGCAUUACGUCAUGACAUCCAUUAUUGGCUAGGUAAAGAUACAAGUCAGGAUGAAGCUGGAGCGGCAGCACUAAAAACGGUUGAACUUGAUGCAGCUCUCGGAGGACGUGCUGUUCAAUAUCGAGAAGUACAAGGACAUGAAACGGAGAGAUUUUUAUCUUACUUUAAACCAUGCAUCAUACCUCAAGAAGGUGGAACAGCAUCUGGUUUUAAGCAUGUUGAAUCUGAGGAACACAAGAUCCGUAUGUUUACUUGUCAAGGAAAACACGUGGUUCAUGUAAAAGAGGUUCCGUUUGCUCGAUCAUCACUCAAUCAUGAUGACAUUUUUAUCUUGGAUACCGCCAAUAAGAUAUUCCAGUUUAAUGGAUCCAAUUCAAGCAUUCAAGAAAGGGCUAAAGCACUAGAGGUUGUGCAACAUAUCAAAGAUACAUAUCAUGAUGGGAAAUGUGACAUAGCAACUGUUGAGGAUGGAAAAUUGAUGUCUGAUGCUGACACUGGAGAGUUCUGGGGUUUCUUUGGUGGCUUUGCUCCACUUCCAAGGAAAACAGUUACGGAUGACGUCAAGAUUGACGAUGCAAUUCCCACUCAGUUACUUUGUGUUGAGAAGGGGCAGGCAGAACCUGUUGCUGCUGAUUCUUUAACAAAGGAGUUGCUAGAUACGAAUAAAUGUUAUCUUUUGGAUUGUGGGUCAGAAAUUUAUGUAUGGAUGGGGAGAAGCACUUCUCUUGAUGAAAGAAAGGCUGCAAGUGGAGCUGCAGAAGAAUACCUGCGUAGUAAGGAUAGACUAAAGUCUAAUAUCAUCCGUGUGAUUGAAAAUUUUGAAACGGUGGCUUUUCGGUCAAAGUUUGACACCUGGCCUCAAUCUGCUGAGGUGGCUGUCUCGGAGGAUGGUAGAGGCAAGGUGGCUGCACUUUUAAAGCGACAAGGGCUCAACGUGAGGGGCUUACUAAAAGCUGCGCCCGUUAAUAAGGAGGAACCUCAACCAUAUAUUGAUUGCACUGGAAAUUUACAGGUUUGGCGUGUAAAUGGCCAAGAGAAGAUACUUCUUCCAGUUUCUGAUCAGUCAAAGUUCUACAGUGGAGAAUGUUAUAUCUUUCAAUAUAAUUAUCCUGGUGAAGAUCAAGAGGAAUGCCUUAUAGGGACAUGGUUUGGAAAGCAGAGUGUUGAGGAUGAACGGAAUUCAGCUACCUCACAGGCAAACAAGAUGGUUGAGUCACUCAAGUUUAUAGCUUCUCAGUUGCAAGUUUAUGAAGGAAGUGAACCUAUCCUUUUCUUUGCAAUCUUUCAGAGCUUUCUGGUUUUUAAGGGUGGUCUAAGUGAUGGAUACAAGAAUUUCAUAUCAGAGAAGGAACUUCCCGAUGACACUUUUAAAGAUGACGGGAUUUCACUAUUUCGAGUUCAAGGUUCUGGACCGGAAAACAUGCAAGCAAUCCAAGUUGAACCCGUGGCUUCAUCGUUAAACUCCUCUUACUGUUACAUAUUGCUCAGUGGUUCUUUAGUCUUUACAUGGAUCGGAAACCUUACAACUCCUGAAGUCCAGGAACUCGUUGAGAGGCAACUUGAUGUCAUUAAGCCAAAUAUGCAGUCCAAAUUACAAAAAGAGGGUUCAGAGUCUGAACAAUUUUGGGAAAUUUUAGGUGGAAAAUCUGAAUACCCUAGUCAGAAGAUUGCAAGAGAUGCUGAAAGCGAUCCCCAUUUGUUCUCAUGCACAUUUUUAAAAGGAGAUUUGAAGGUGACUGAGAUCUACAACUUCAACCAAGACGAUUUGAUGACUGAAGAUAUAUUUAUUCUUGAUUGUCACUCAAGCAUCUUUGUUUGGGUAGGGCAGGAGGUUGAUCAGAAACUGAAAACACAAGCGUUAGUUAUUGGGGAGAAAUUUGUGAAACGUGAUUUUCUUCUUGAGAAAUUAUCUCCUCAAGUUCCAGUUUAUAUCAUAAAUGAAGGAAGUGAGCCACAGUUCUUCACACGUUUCUUCACAUGGGAUUCAACCAAAUCUGCAAUGCAUGGAAACUCGUUCCAAAGGAGACUCUCCAUACUAAAAAACGGUGGUCGUCCUACCUUGACAAAUAAACCAAAAAGGCGAACACCUGUAGCACAUGCAGGAAGGUCUGCUACAGCCGAAAAACCGCAGCAGCGUUCAAGAAGUGUGUCUUUCAGCCCAGACCGAGUCCGCGUAAGAGGCAGAUCACCAGCCUUUAACGCUCUUGCUUCUACAUUCGAGAAUGCAAGUGCAAGAAACCUAUCAACACCCCCUCCCCAAGUGAGAAAACCUUAUCCAAAAUCCGAUUCUUCUAAUGCUGCUUCAAGGUCUACAGCUUUAGCAUCACUAGCCGCCACUUUUGAACAGCAACCUCCACGAGAACCCCUCAUGCCCCGUUCCAUUAAACCUCGGCCCAAAUCGCCACCAAAGUCUGAUUCAAACUCCAAGGAAAACACGAUGAGCAGUAAAAUGGAAGCCCUAACGAUACAAGAAGACGUUAAAGAAAAUGAAGUUGAAGAUGAGGAAGGGCUUACUUUAUAUCCAUAUGAACGCCUUAUUACUGUAUCCACCGACCCUGCUCCAGAUAUUGAUGUAACCAAGAGAGAGACAUACUUGUCUUCUGCUGAGUUCAGGGAGAAGUUUGGAAUGACCAAAGAAGCCUUCUACAAGCUGCCAAAAUGGAAGCAAAAUAAACUGAAAAUGGCCCUUCAGUUGUUCUAAAUCUGGCAGCCGAGUUUUUUGUGUUUAGUGUGAUAGUGAGAGCACCGGUGCAUUUUUAGCUGCUUCUGCUCUCAAAAUGCUGGUUUACGGUCGAUAUGAGAGUUGGAAUGCAAAUUUCUGUCAACUCUACCCGGGGUCCGUGAGUUUACUGGUAACAGGUUUUCACGGUCACCAAAAAAAAUAGCUAUUUUCGUCGUUCAUUUUUUUUGUCAGUCGCACGGUCAUUUUUUUACGGUCAAGGGUUUGUUGUGAGCUUGCAUUUUUGGUUGUUUCCUCUUUUGAUUAUUUGAUUAUUGAUUUCAGCUGAGUCUAGGGUUUGUGGACACAGACCCUUUCUAGAUUGUAUUCUACUCCUGAGGAUGGAGGUGUGUACAGAACCUGUCAAGUUAAUAGUAAAUUGUGUGUUUUGAACUGUAUAACUAUUUAUAAUUUUGGAUUUAAA